AGCAGGAGGCGGCAGCCGCGGCAGGGCAAGUCAAACCUCAGACCAACGGCGGCCACAGCGCCCCCAGCACCCCUCGUAAAGGCGGCAGCCGAGCUCGGACAACGGCUCGUAAGCCCCGCAAGACGGACGACUCGGAUGAUGACGACGAGGAGGGAGAGGAAGCGUCGGAUGAGGAUGGGGAGGAUGAUGACGGCGAGGAUGAGGAUGAGGAGGGUGGCGGCGGUGAGGGGUCGGAAAAGGAGGAGGAGGAGGAAGAUGAAGAGCCGCUGCCUCGUGGUUUGGAUCCGGAACCUGCCAAGCUGGAGGAGGCGGCGGGGAAGGUUCUGG